AUGGUGCAGUAUACUCAUCAAACAUGGCCGGAUGGAUCGGGAGGCCAUAUUGUAAAUGUAGCGCCUCGCGAGCAUGGCAUCGGAGGUGCUCAAUCUACAUAUCCUCCUCAACUACCAGCACAUACCGCUCAAAGAGCUCGUUCAAUGCCUUCCACCCCGUCAGAGAUACUAGAGUCAUCUACAGCUGGAUCUAGUUGGGUCUCAGACGUUCCACGGAACUCGCCUCAAGAGGAGGGCUGGACUACGCGGCCAAAGAUCUCCAUUCUCGUCAUGGGUGGUACUGGGGUCGGAAAGUCUGCUUUAAUAGCUAAGUUGACGGGCUCUCCUGUAAAACUAGGACAUACUCUACAGUCAUGCACAACACAGUGCAAAGGCUGGAACUAUAUUCAUGAGAGCAACACCACGGUAACUUUAAUCGACACCCCCGGGUUUGAUGACACAGUCCGUCCAGACAUGGAAAUCCUCGCAUCCAUCGCCUCCUACAUCCGCGAUCCACGCCAUGCCCCGCCUGUCGGCGUUAUCUACAUGCACCGCAUCACCGACAAAAAGAUGACUGGGGCAUCCCGCAUGAAUCUAGAGAUGCUACGUGCCGUCUGCGGCGAGCAUUACUUCCAAAACGUGGUUCUAGUGACCAGUAUGUGGGACACCAUUCCCGCUGCCCGGCCUCUCUCGGAAUUUGAAGCUCGCGAGGCCGAGCUCAUGGCUUCAACGGAAUUCUUGGGAGAUUUAGUAGACAAAGGUGCAAAUCCUAGGCGGUAUUUAGGAGACGGUCCGUCGGCUACUCAGAUUGUGGAUGUUUUAUGUAAUAAACAUCAGGCACCGCCAUUGAAGAUUACUCUGGAGUUAUCACGCUCUAUGCAAAUUGAGGAUACGACCGCGGGCCGUAUCUUGACUGCGGAGCUGAGGAAGCGGGAGAAGAAGCGGCUACACGAGAUAGAAGAGGAGCGAGAGGAGGAGAGGAUGCUACGUGCUGAGCUUGCAGAGACGGAGGCAAAAGUGAGGGAUAAUGAGCGGAGACUACGCGCUGAGAUAGAAAGAGAGCGUCGCGCCAGAAAAAGACAAGAGGAUGCCGAGGAGCUGCAGGAGCACCGCGGCCGCAACUUUGCAAUUAAAGCUGCUAUGAUCGCCGCAGGGUGGACGGGGCACUUCGGGGACAGGCGUUAG